AGGCUACGGCUGCUAAAGACCCUUCUUAACCCGGGUUGCGGGGUUUCCUCCGUCGCCUGGACGUCCUUGGGGUGCAGCCCAGGGUGUUCAAUCAGAAGCCUUGGGGCGGGCGGCCCAUGGAGCCGGGGCUGCUGCGGCCUGCGCCGGUGAGCGAGGUCAUCGUCCAGCAUUACAACUACACCGGCAAGCUCCGCGGUGCGCGCUACCAGCCUGGCGCGGGACUGCGUGCAGAUGCCGUCGUGUGCCUGGCCGUGUGCGCGCUCAUCGUGUUGGAGAACUUAGCCGUGCUGAUCGUGCUCGGACGCCACCCGCGCUUCCAUGCGCCCAUGUUCCUGCUUCUGGGCAGCCUUACGCUGUCCGACCUGCUGGCCGGCGCCGCCUAUGCCGCCAACAUCCUGCUGUCCGGGCCGCUCACGCUGCGUCUGUCGCCCGCGCUCUGGUUCGCCCGUGAAGGCGGCGUCUUCGUGGCGCUCUCCGCGUCCGUGCUGAGCCUUUUGGCCAUUGCACUCGAGCGCCUCCUCACCAUGGAGCGUCGGGGACCCGCGCCCGCCGCCCGUCGGGGGCGCACGUUGGCGCUGGCGGCCGCUGCCUGGGGCUUGUCGCUGCUCCUCGGACUACUGCCAGCGCUCGGCUGGAAUUGUCUGGGCCGUCUGGAGGCCUGCUCCACGGUCCUGCCGCUCUACGCCAAGGCCUACGUGCUCUUCUGCGUGCUCGCCUUUCUCGGCAUUCUGGCAGCCAUCUGCUCGCUCUACGCGCGGAUAUACUGCCAGGUGCGCGCCAAGGCGCGGCGCCUCCGGGCGCACCCCAGGACUGGCGAGGGCUCCUCGGUGCGCGCGCGCCACACGCCGCGCUCCUUGGCGCUGUUGCGCACGCUCAGCGUGGUGCUCGUGGCCUUCGUGGCUUGUUGGGGCCCCCUCUUCCUGCUGCUCUUGCUGGACGUGGCGUGCCCGGCGCGCGCCUGCCCUGUGCUCCUGCAAGCGGACCCCUUCCUGGGCCUGGCCAUGGCCAACUCGCUCCUGAACCCCAUCAUCUACACGUUGACCAACCGCGACCUGCGUCACGCGCUCCUGCGCCUCGUCUGCUGCAACCGGGGCCGCUGCUGCCGAGACCCAGGUGCCUCCCGGCGGUCGGGGAGCGCCCCUGGGGCUUCGGGCGACCUGCAUCGCUGGCUACCUCCCGGCCUGGAUGGCAGCUCCAGCCGCUCCGAGCGCUCCUCUCCCCAGCGGGACGGGUUAGAGACCAGCUGUUCCACCGGCUGCCCUGGUGCACCCACGGUCGCCGGGACCCUGGUAACCCCGCCAGCUACAGACUGA